UAUAUUCAUUGGCCACUUUUCGAAAGCAGAAAUGUGAAUUGUGAGAAGGUGUCUGUGAGCUCCGUGUCAUUUGAGGUUCAAUGGGAUUUUGCAGUUGCCUUUAAACACUUUGGUAUUCAGAUCCGUGGUACUGUCAGCUUUAUUUAACCAUUGUUAUCUCAAUCUUUCUGAAUGGUUUUUAGUUGCUUUUGCGACUGAACUCCUCUACAUCAGAACAUUCGCAUGUAAUUUGUGGAUAAAGGCUUUCGUUAAAUAGAAAUAAGAUCUCUAAGAUACACUGUAUAGAGAUCAACAGUGUAUGACGGUAAUACACUGCUAACAAUAUUGUAUGCGAAUCAGGAUAAGCAUGCAUCAAAUGAUUCAUUUCAUUUUGCUCCUGGGUAUUUUGAGCAGGCCGGUGACGUCCAUGACGGGGGUUGAAGAUAAGCCGCGCUACUAAUCCCGAUGCGUCGACAUAAGCCUAGACAAAUUUGUGCCAGUGUGGUAUAAUUGAUAAAGUCCAGGUGAUGGACGGAACAGCUUCUAUCAUCGCGAUAGUGGCUACCAUCCUCGCGGCUCUGCACCAGAUAGGCGCAAGACGUGUCUUGCUCCUCCCAGGUCCGACAAAGGGGCAUAUUAGUCGCCUGGCAUCUAUCGGAGAAGGUUUGGCAAAGCGUGGACACCAAGUAGUCGUAGCCCUACACAAGGAUUUCAAAUGCCCAGAAAGUGCUCGGAAACUGGGGGUGUCUGUCCUGUAUUACGGUCAUCAUGGUAAAAUGAAUCACGGUGCUGACAGCAAUCACAUCUACCAUAACCACUUCCUCACAGAAACUCUCCAUAACGAAUUCCGCCAACUGGAGGGAGCGAUUUGGGACAAGGCGUUUGAAGCGUGUACCUCGGUAUUAAGUGAUUUACCCCUAUUCAAGAAAUUCAAGGCUCUUAAUCUCGAUUUUGUCUUAGUAGACGGUCAUUUCGCUUACAGGUGUUUGUACAUUGUACCUCAUAAACUCGGGGUCCCAUACGGUAGUUUUACCGAGGCACUGCCCACGGACCUAGUUUCAACCUUAAUGACAAUUCCGUCCUUUCAUCCGCACCAAAUGUCCAUGGACUGCAGAUCGCCUGAUAUGGACUUUCACGGACGAUUCAAAAAUAGUGUGGAAAUGAUCUUGGGCGCGUUGUAUAUUUAUUUCAAGACAGAAGAUAAUACUUACAGACAGUAUUCACAGGACAAACCUUACGUUUCUCUCAGGGAAUUGGCUGAAGGGACCCAUCUGUGGAUUCUCGACCUUGAUCCCUUGCUGGACUUCGCAUAUCCCGCCAUGCCUAAUGUUGUUUACAGCGGUGGGAUUAAUUUGAAGGUACAGCCUUUGAGUCUGCCGCCCGAUCUGGAAGAGUUUGCUAAUAGUGCAGAUGAUGGUCUUAUCGUCGUUACAUUUGGAAGUGGACUCCAGAAUGUCCCAAACCACCACGCCGACAAAAUGGCGCAGGUUUUCGGGAAAUUGACGCAAAAGGUUAUUUGGCGCAAUCAGGGAAAACCGAACGUGAAACUACCAAAAAAUGUGAAACUCAUGGACAUGAUUCCUCUUGAAGGUCUAUUGCAUCACCAAAAAACUAAGCUUUUUAUCAGCCACUGUGGUCCCGGAGGCCAAAACCAGGCAAUCUUUCAUGGUGUUCCGAUGCUUGCGUUUCCGGUAACUGGUGAACAGCUAUACAACGCAAUGCGUUUAGAAAUCAAAGGCAUCGGUAUUAAGUUAGACUUCUUAAACUUCACGACUGGGGAGUUUGAGCGAAGUAUUAGAGAUAUCAUUGAGUACAAUACGUCCUACUCUACAACUGCCAAAUUUUAUUCGCAAAUGUUAAAAGAUAGACCGUAUGACGUCCAUGAUACUGUGAUGUAUUGGCUCGAACACGUGAUGCAGUAUGGCGGCGAACACCUGCGCAGUCAGACUGUUCAGCUCACUUGGUACCAGUUAUUGCUCUUCGAUGUUAGUUCUGUCCUUGCUGUGGCGGUGAUUGUUAUCUCAAUCGCCACGUUUUUCUUGAUCAGGAUACUUUGUAGGUGUUGUUACCGGAUGAAGGCAUUGUUAGAUCGUUUUGCGGAUGAGAAAAUAAAGAUGGACUAAUACAUAUGUAA